AUGGCGUUCUCUGGGGCCCUCACGAUCACCGAUCUGGAUGAUUUUCUGACUCCAUCGCAAGCGUGCAUCAUUCCUGUCCGCAACAACAAGUCUGCAGAGGCUGAAGGACCGACGGAAAUACACAUCGACUCCAACAACAACUAUUACGAAGUAUCCACCGUUCCUACUGUCGGCAACGACUUUGACGACCCAUCCAGCUCCAAGAAGGCUCUGGAAAAGGCAGAGAUCAACUUGAACGACUGCCUGGCAUGCAGUGGCUGCAUCACCUCUACCGAAUCAUUACUAAUCACCAUGCAAUCUCAAAACGAAGUGCUCGAUUUCAUCAAGCAGAAUCAGCACACCCACAACGCCGACGAACCCUCCCACAAACAUCGCCGCCCCAUCCUCUCCAUCUCCCCCCAAACCCUCUCCUCCUUAUCAGCUGCCUACUCGACCGCCGCCUCUCUCCCACCGAUACCACUCCUCACCCUCCUUCGCCGUCUCCGCGCAUUCCUCGGGCAACCUGAACAGGGCGGGUGGAAAGUAUGGGAUACCACUUUUGCCCGACACAUGAGCUUGAAGGAGACGUCAGUAGAGUACCAUGAGAGAAAGGACAGGAAGGGCAAGGGGGCAGAGAUGCCCAUGCUGGCGAGCGCUUGCCCUGGGUGGGUGUGCUAUGCGGAAAAGGCGCAGGGGGAUAUGCUGCCGCUGCUGAGUAAUGCGAGAAGUAGUCAGGGGAUUAUUGGAGCGCUGGCCAAGAGCUGGUACGGCGCAAAGGCCAACCACAAACCCGAUGAAAUUUAUCAUGUCACCGCCAUGCCCUGUUACGACAAGAAACUCGAGGCGUCCCGGUCCGAUUUCUACUCUUCCCUCUACUCUACCCGUGACGUCGACUGUGUCCUCACCACAGGAGAACUCGACCUCUUACUCAAAGAACUCCAAUUCGACCCUUACCUUUCCGUCCCCAACGAAUCUACCCCCAGCUAUACCGCGACAGACGACUCUCCCUUUCCCGAGCUCCUCACCCACGAAGGGUCCAGCUCUGGCUCAUACCUCCAAACCAUCAUUCGCGACGUCCAGAACUCGCACAUCAACCCUACGAGAACCACCACCCGCGAGAUCCGAGGUUCCACCGACAAUGUCGAGUACUUGGUGCAAGACACCGUCACUGGAGAAGUCAUCUUUAAAGGCGCCAAGGUGUAUGGGUUUAGGAAUUUGCAGAAUUUGGUGCGAAAGGUCGCAAAGGAGACUGGGAUUGGGCGCUCGGGGCGAGGUGCUGGCGCGGGCAAGCUGAGUGCUGCUGUAGCUGCUCGUCGGCGAAAGGCCAAGCCCGCGGCAGCUGAGAAUGGCAUCGCGGCUCUUGCUAUCAGCGGAGAAGACAGAAAGCUGGACUUUGUCGAAGUCAUGGCUUGUCCCGGUGGCUGUGUCAACGGUGGUGGACAGAUGAAGCCUGCUAUCGCGGUCAAGAGUGACGCAAUGGAGGUGGACGAGGAGGGAUUCCAACGCCCGAUGGCGGAUGAUGGGGUGGAAAUGAAGGUUGGCCAGGAAAAGACGGUCGAGGGGAUGGAAGAGGGUAUGCGGUGGUCGACCAAGGAGUGGGUCGCCAAGGUGGAGGAUAUCUACUGGACCGGCCUCCCUACACCACCGCCCUCCCCGACUCUCACCGCAUCAGAACCUCCCACAAAUGGCUUUACCAACGGGCACGUCGACAGACUCGCGGCAAGCGAUCUGCUCGCUGAAAAGAUUGUCAGGGAAGUGUGCGGAGAGAGUAGUGAAAAGAGGCAAGACUUUUUGAGAACCGGUUUCAGCAAGGUCGAGACCGAUGUUCUGAACAGCGGUGGUAUCACGCACGAGGCUGUGGUGUGGUAG